AUGGAUGGAUGUGUUCGGAUGAUAGCCGCUCACGUUGUUUGGAUUUCGCUUAAGGUUGUGGCCGUUGCUGCAGCUGGGCCUCGCUCCAUCACUUCUUGCUCGCAUUCAGCGAAACAUCAACAAAUGAGAGCGGCGCAACGAACGGAUCGACCACCGGUGAUGGCUGGUGACGACGAGUGUCCCUCAGCAAUUGAGGAGCUGCAGCAUGAGGAGGAGGUGAGGUACGGGAUGAGGACAGAGGGAGCGAUGCCCAGAGAGCAGCAACGAAUUAUCUCAUCCAUCCAUUCAUCCAGGCAAACACCCAUCAUUGAUUGCCCCUUUCGCACCCACCAGCAACAGCAGCAGCAGAAGCAGCAACCCGAAAUUGUUCUGCGCCCAAUGUGUUGCUGUUGUUCAUCAUCAAAAAGAUUGUAUUACAAGCGCCUCAAUCUGUCAAUUGUGAGGUGA